AAAAGAUCAGCCAUUUUGUUGUUUGGCGUUGAAAAUUUUUCGGCAUGGUUGAAACGUAGAAAAUAACUAAGUUAGUUUAUUAUUUGAGCUCGUAUCCGUUUACCAGAACCUCGAUUACUUUUUGAAAAUGCUCGAGCACGAAUAGGAAAAAACAGAAAGUCCAAAAUAUGAGUGGAUCCAACGCGAAGUCCUCCGGGACUGGGGGGUUCGGCAGCCACAUCCCCAGCAUUGAGGAGAAAAAUAAGCAGAUUCAGCAGGAGACAAUGAUGGAAAAGCUGCGGGCCAAGUACCGAAGCAAGCCAAAGAGCUACGAGGAGAUUAAGAAGUCGGUUCGAAUGUACUUCAUCGAAAAACACUACCCGCUUGACCCGGUUUGCAAGGCAACGUUGCAAUCGGCGCUAGACAAGCUACAGCACUACAUCAAGGUCACCUCACGCCACGGGCUGGUCGAGCGCUUGGAGAGCCUUUCACGGCAGCUUGGUCUUAAGUUUAUGGAGGACCAGCAACUGCUUUUCAUCUCGACGGACAUGUUUUACGUGGAGAUUCUCCUGGACGCAGCGGGCAGUCUGUCGGACGUCAAGGUGCACCACGAGUGCAAGAUUGAGCAGCAGUCCAGUGAGUUGGUAGCUUGCCUAAAGUCCGGUGACUUCGCCGAUUUUACAGUCCAGCUGGAAGGUUUGUCUUCCAUCUACCAGUUGAAUGCCGAGCCCAAGGUAAAGAAGAAGGCGUUUGUGGCGCUCCAAGCCAUGGAGACGGACAUUCAGAGCCUCUACCAACUUCACCUGCAAGGCCACUCCGGCGACAGCUACUCCCUGAUGAACAACUCUUCUGUAGGUCUAGUUCUUCCUCGGCGCGGUGGCCACCCCAUGAAGCUCACUUACUUCUGCCCGCCGUUGCAUCUGCCCGAAGGCGACCCAAAACAAGCCAGCGGAGACUUUACUAUCGACCAGGUGAUGCGCAGCAGCCACGGGCUAAGUGCCACCGUAAACCUGGAGGGCUCAUCGGCCAACAAGCUGCAGACCCUGCCUACUGUGACUCUGGUCCGCGAUGCUCAAACGGGUCUUGAAGUGCCCACCUACGCCCAGCUCAACCAGAAUAACUCGCUGCUGAUGCCUGCCACUUAUGUCCUGCGGUUGAAUAAGCCGAUGCCAGUCUGCCUGGAAUCUCUUAAGGCACUGGGACUACCCGGUCUGGAUGCCACGGCCACACCACCCAGCCCGCCGAGCACAGUCUUGAACCUGAUUGUGCAGACUGCCUCUAAACAGGCCAUUAGGAAUACGCAGCGCGGGCUUUACGUCAAUUUGCCUAAGGAGACGCACUGCUACUUCUUUACUGACAACCGCAAAUUGCAGGGCACGCUGGUGUCCUCGCUGCCUUUCACAGAGCCUGCUCAAGUGCCGCGAAUCAUGGCUUUCCUCAAGAAGCAGGCUCUUUUCUAUACAUUGCUGGCCAGUUGUGUUCGCGAGCAGCAAAAACAGUAUAAUGACAUGGACAGCACUGUGAUUCUGGAGGUAACCGCAGUGUCGUUCAACCAGAUUACCGUGGAGCUACAGCAUCCGUACGAGGAAUCGCUGGCUACGGUGGAUUUUUUGCUUGAGGAUGGUCAGCCCACAUGUAGUGUGUACUGCUUGACCAAUGAGUAUGAGCAGCUUUCCCAGAAGCUGACUCGCACUGUCCGCAAAGUUGUGUCCAUUCCGAUGGUCAUCUAUAAGCUGCUGAAGUGCUGGGAUGAAGAGCAUGAGUUUAAAUUGCACGGUGUUAUUGGACCUGGAGCGGGAGCUGCGGGCUCAGGACCAAUUGGAGGAGGCGCAGGCAUGGGUGGAGGAACGGUAACAGGAGGCGGCAACAACUUUAACCAAUUUGCAAUGGACACGGCGCCCCCCUCAGAUGGUAACCUACCCGGAGGUGGGUUCGCCAACAUUAGCAACCUCAAACUGGACGCCAAGUCGCGAUCAUUAGCAGAUGCUUUUGCCGCCUCCACCUCGGCUGCAGCGGCCAUCGCUGGAUUGAUCAAUCUCAAGCGCGAAACGGAUCCACAUUCUGGAAGUUCGGGCAGUGGCGCGUCAACCAGCGGCAGCUCUAGUUCUUCCGGCGCCGCCAAAACGAGCGAUCAUGACAUUGCUGACAAGUAUAAAAAUAUUUGGAAGGACAAGACUCCCAAUCUAAAGCACUGUGUCAGUAUCACACCCAUUCCAGGAGAUGGCAAGGCUGCAGGACCAACAGGAGUGGUCCCUGGCGUUGAGGUUCAGCGCACGGGUGGCAUUGAAAUUAUCCCGCUAAAUACCCAGGCUGCUGUUACUGGAGGAGGAGUAGCAGCCCCUUCCGGUGCCGCACCUACGACCAUUACUAUCACUCCCAUUACGGGAAAGGAUCCCAGCAAGGAUUCGUCAAAAAAAAGUGGUGCUACUUCUACUGGAGUAGGUGUGGCCACUAAGCGACCUCACGAGAGCGGAUCCGGUGGCUCUUCGACGUCUGGUAGCGGAGGUUCUGGUAGUGCUAUGUCGUCUUCCAGCAGCAGCUCGUCUGACAUGCAAAAGGAAAAGAAACGAAAAAAGAAGCGCGACGAUUCACCCAUGGGACCGCCGGAAAAGAUCUAUUCUCGGCAAAACUCCCCCGCGGCUGGUGGAGACGGUUCCGCUCCUGGUGGAGUGGUGAGAAAGUUCUCCUCGCCCUCAUCGUCUCCCAAGGCAGGUGGUUCUGGGCAGGGAUUAAUGGCCGGAGUGCCGACAGCGCGUCCGAGCCCAAAGCACUCUCCUGUUUACAGCAGCCCCAAACAUAACACCGCCUCCAAUAGUCCGAAGUCGCCUUUUGGCACGCACUCUCCCAAGCACGGUUCUUCGGGCAAGCCAAGCAUGUCCACCCUGAAGAGCGCAGCUACAGCCGCUACUAUCCUGAGUCCCAAGGGCGAUAAGUCUUCGUCGGCUGUAGGGGCAACAUCAUCGGGACCAUCCGCCUCCUCAGCAUCUGGCGGAGCCCCUGGUCUGGUGCGGUCUUUUGCGAGCGUUGGAGCACCGCCGCCACCACCGCCAAUUCCUCCGUUAGCAAGCGCAAGCGGAUCAGUCGGCAGCAGCCAGAGCUUAAAGAAGGACAAAUCCAUGCCCGGAUCCAGUUCCAGUUCGACGGGGUCCUCUGCAACUGCAACUGUAUCAUCUGGCGGAGGGAUUUCUCCGGCCAGCGUGGCGGCUGCUGUUGCUGCCCUAAAGUCUUCGCAGCAGCAGCUUAAGUCGGUGGCCAGUCUGUCGCAUUUGGCGGCGGGCGGAGGAUUAGGCAGUUAUGCGGCGUCGUCGGGAGCGGGCGGAUCGGCUGCAGCAGCAGUGGUGGUGGGAGCAGGAGCAGGAGCUGGCGCGGGGGCCUCCGGACUGGAGCUGAGUGCCCUGCGCAAGGGCAUGGCGGGAGGUGCGGUUAGUUUGAUGACGUCGACGGCAGCUUUAGCUCCAACAAUCCCGGUAGCAACAACAACAGUGUCAGCGGGAACAGCGGGAUCGGCGGCGUCAUUGGCGCCUCCAGCCUCGGCGGGAGUGGGUCAGGGUCAGGAAACAGCGGCAGCGGUAACAGCAGCAGCAACACUGGCAACAGCAACAAUGCUGCAGCAACAGCAGCAGCCGGGAGCGGGGCCAACUAGUAGCUGCUUGGCCACCAGUGGGGGCAGCAGCGACUCCGCCGGAGGCAGCACAAUGGCAGGAGCCUCUACGGAGUACAUGGUGAAGCCCAGCAGCCAGGAGGGCCUCAAGCUGACCAUCAACAAGACGGGCAGCAGCAAGAGCUCCGGCUCCGGCUCUAGUUCCACAUCCGGUGGCCAGGUUAAAGCUAAGACUAGCAGCAUUGCCGUAACGAGCACAGCAGGAUCCUCCGGCGCCACAAAGAAACAGCACACCGGGCUAAAGCCAGGCGUUAACAGCGGACCCGCAUCGAAGAAGGUCACCGCUGUAGCCUCAGCCGCUGCGACUUCCUCUAGCAAGCACCUUUUCCAGAAGGCCAACUCCUCGGGCAAUCUGAGCAGCAAGCUCAGUGGAUCGGGAGGCGGCGGAGGAGUUUCGCUUACCAAAAGCAACAGCACCAACUCCUUUCAGGAGCACAGCGCCCCCAGACGCCGACCUAGCAUGGGAGCCUUAGCCAGCGGCAGCACUGGAAGCGGGAGUGUACCACGUAAGUCUAGCUCCACUUCGGCUGGAGCCAGCGGAUCCUCAGGCUCAGUCUCGCCGGCCCUUAGCGGCUCCAUGUCGCAGCCGCCGCCUCGUUUCGAUCACCACACCGACAUGAUGACCAUCCUGCAGUACGCCUCACCAACGAUGGCCGCCAACAUGGAGGGCUUCAUCAAGGGACUGCACACAAAGUUUCAGAUUCCCAAGCUGUCACAGCGCGGGAGCGGAGGCAACACGACCAGUGGACGCAGUACGCCAAGUGGUGGUGCAGAUAUAGCCGCAGCGGGAACGUCUUCCUCGAUUUCUGGAAGUGCAGCCUCCUCGAUUGGAUUGGCGGAUCCGGAAGCCAAGCCGCCCGCACCACCUCCCUCGACUGGCAACGAGGGACUUCUGAACCUAAGCAGCACGGCGGGAACACAGUCGGGGGAUGGCAUCGAUGAGGAGCUUUUAGCCAGCCUGGCUGGCGAAUGACAGAAGGCUGACAACCAUGAGAUAUUCCUGUUGCUCUAUGCGAUUAUAAUUUAAACCUAAUUUAGUGGCUAAGCUAUAAACAAUUAAAUAAAAGGCAUUCGUUACAUGAUUUGUCUUGGGACGGAAGAGGUAAGACUAUUAUUAACUAAUCCGUUUACUCGACUAGCAGAUCUUAUUAUUGUAAACAGCUAAGGUACAUUUUAUAUACUUUUAAAAUAAGACAGAAAAUUUGGUACAAAAUCUCAGAGAUUAUCACGGAUCCUGUGAAGUCAAACACCCUAAGCUUUGAUUAAAAAAACAUUAAAUAAACCUAAGGAAAGCGAUAGAUAUUGUGCGAAACUCAUCGCUCUAAAUAUUAUGUAAAACACAAUAAAUGAAUUCAGUUGUUAGUUCUUUUGGAAUAAAAGCGGAAAAAAUAUAAAAUCGAACUAAUACUCAUGA